CGGCGGUCACCUCCAGCCCGCGCCCGGGUACCGCACGCCCGGCGUUCAGGGACCGUCCUCCGCCGCCGCCGCCGCCGCCGAAGCUACGGGCGGGCAGCCGUGCGCCCCGGACACCGCCAGCCCCGGCGGCCGCUCCUUCCAAUGCCAGGGCCGGGGCGCCGGGCGGCCGCCGGCAGGAAGAUGAAGGGCUCGGCGGGAGGAAGGAGAGAAAAGCUGCUGGGCUCUCCGAAAGCUCAGCCCGGCCGCGCUUCUGCAUGUGCACAAGAUGGAGAGAGUGAGGCUGAGUUUUUACCUGAUGACUUUGAAGAAAAACCAGAAAGAGAAAAGAAACAUAACAAUUUCACUUUGUGCAACGUGUGUAACAUUCAGCUGAAUUCGGCCGCUCAAGCUCAAAUCCACUACAAUGGCAAAUCACAUCAAAAAAGAUUAAAACAACUCAACAAUGGCAUGGUGAAAAAUGACAAUGGUGGUACAUGCCAGAGCCCCGCUCUCCCAGCCCUGGUCCGUCCACCAGCCCCUCCUUUGCAACCAUCGCUGGAUAUUAAACCGUUUCUUCCCUUUCCUCUUGACACUGCGGCCGCAGUCAACCUCUUCCCCAAUUUUAAUGCGAUGGACCCGAUUCAGAAAGCUGUAAUAAAUCAUACUUUCGGGGUUCCUCUUCCUCAUCGAAGAAAGCAAAUCAUAUCGUGCAACAUUUGCCAGUUGAGAUUUAAUUCUGAUAGCCAGGCUGCGGCCCACUACAAAGGCACGAAACAUGCCAAGAAGCUCAAAGCAUUGGAAGCCAUGAAAAAUAAGCAGAAAUCUGUAACUGCCAAGGACAGCGCAAAGACUACCUUCACCUCCAUCACUACCAAUACCAUCAAUACCAGCUCUGACAAAACAGACAGUACCACAGGGACACCAGCAAUAUCAACGACGACAACUGUGGAAAUUCGCAAAAGCAGCGUUAUGACAACUGAGAUCACUUCUAAAGUGGAGAAAAGCCCCACGACAGCCACUGGCAAUAGCUCCUGUCCUUCCACGGAGACUGAGGAAGAAAAGGCAAAACGGCUGCUUUACUGUUCUCUAUGCAAGGUUGCUGUCAACUCCACCUCACAGCUGGAGGCGCACAACAGUGGUACUAAGCACAAAACGAUGCUAGAAGCUCGGAAUGGAAGUGGGACUAUCAAAGCCUUCCCUAGGGUAGGUGUGAAAGGCAAAGGACCAGUGAAUAAGGGGAAUACAGGCCUGCAGAACAAAACGUUUCACUGUGAAAUCUGUGAUGUGCACGUCAACUCGGAAACACAACUUAAACAGCAUAUUAGCAGUAGAAGGCACAAAGACAGAGCUGCUGGGAAGCCCCCGAAACCUAAAUACAGUCCUUACAACAAACUGCAGAAGGCAGCACAUCCGCUGGGGGUAAAAUUAGUAUUUUCAAAAGAACCUUCAAAGCCAUUGGCUCCACGAAUUCUACCAAACCCUCUGGCAGCUGCAGCGGCCGCUGCGGCUGUGGCAGUGAAUUCCCCCUUCAGCCUCCGAACUGCUCCAGCAGCCACCCUGUUCCAGACUUCUGCAGUCCCUCCAGCCCUCCUGCGGCCAGCUCCUGGACCCAUUCGGACCGCCCACACUCCUGUGCUGUUUGCUCCUUACUGAAUUCCAAAUGGGAGUAACUGUACUGCAAUAAUUUUUCAAAAAACACAAAACAAAAAGAGAACUAUGCAGUGUUUAUUUAUAGUUUAAAGUAUAUCUGAAGAGCCAGGACUUUUGAUAGUGAAUUGAAAAGAUUAUUAAAAAAAAAAAAAAAAAAAAGGAGGGAGGUUUAGGGGUGGGAUGGAGGGGUGGUAUUUUCUCCAAAUUAAAGCAUUCCUCUUGAACAUUGAGUGUUUUAGAAGUGAUCUCCAGCAUUGACUUGUAGUGGUAUCUAGAACUUCUGAAGCCUUUGUGACUGUGCUUUUGGGCACUUGUUUCCCCCUGCAUUGUCUUUCCUGCUUUAUGAGACAACUAUACAUUGUCUAAGGGCAUUAACUGGUUCCAAUGUAUAUAUAAUAAUUUACUCUGUAGAUUAAAAUAAUACAAAAAAAAAGAAAAAGAAAAAGAAAAAAACACAAAAAAACAAAAGCAACACUGUGAAUAGUAGUACCCGUGCUGUUCCUCUUGCUAUGACAGCAAUUCUUGGGUAUUUAUCCCAACAAAAGUAGAUACGGUAGAUGUCUUGUAAAAACAAUAGUGCUGUGUCUCAAUCUAUGCCACUAGGUGUUCAAGAAUUGCAAAAGGUAGAACAAACAACUAUUUCAUGCCUGUAAGCAGUCAAAAACUAAACACCACCGGAUGGUGUGGGGAAGGUCCCUGGUUCUCAUUCUCCCAUCCUACCCAGCUUGGAGAUGACUUUAAGUUCAGAAUAAAAGAACAGGGCUAAGCAUAGAGGUGGGAGAGAUUAAUAAAAAUGGCUUCUUACAAAGUACUUUUCCCUCACCCUGGAACAGUGUUGCUGGAAAUAGGAAGUGUUUGUAAAGCACCUAUAUCUGAAAACAGGUAAACCCAUGCAUCAUGGGUGUUCAGAAAGAAAUCAGUACAACUAUUCUGUUUCAAGGAUAACGGAUGAACCUAACCUAGCAUGAUAAUGCAAAGUAAAGAUUUUUCAUGUUAGUGCAUAUCCAAUAAAAACAAAGAAUAUUGCAUCUCUGCAAUAUCCCCUUUAUAUCAUACCAGUAGGGUUGUCUCUUCAGCACAGGUUUCUGCUUUGACUAUGAUGAUAGACAUUAGCUAUUGUUGUGGGGGGGUUUUGUUGUUUUUUUAGAUUUCCUACUGACAUGAUAUAAACAAUUAAUAUAUAUUUAAAUAUUAGUAAAACAAGAAAAAUGAAUCUGCAUUAAUUUCAGACCAAGGAUGUAGAGUUAAAAAAAUACUGGUAAGAUGCAUUUGACCAUCAUUUCUCUAGUGGAGUUGUGAAACACUGACAGCCUUCAAUAUUCACCAUAAGGCUGAAAGGAGUUGAUGUUUUACCUUUAAAGCAAGAUUUUUCAGGGGUAUAUAUAAAUAUAUGUAUAUUGUAUAUAUGUUAGAAAGAUUAAGAGAAUAACUUAUAAAAAGAAAAUCUAUAUAAAAUAAUUAUAUAACCAUCCCGUGUUACAUGUUAUCAUUAAGUUGGUAACAAAUGGCAUAAAAAUAGCUGUGCCUUUCAUUUGUGAUAAAGGCUAUUUGCUUUUUCCCAUAGAAAGCUAACAUAUACCUAUCAUUAUGGUGGGGUUCGAUGCAGCCAGUCUGUUGCAUUAAUAAGAAUAAUGACACUCAAACUUAGAACAAUGAAAACAUGUACAAAUCCACCCUACCAGAUUUAGGUUUAGAGAAAAAAAAAUAUUUUUGAAAGGUUUUGUAAAGACUAUUUAAAAAUAUAGGGAAAGGCUGGGUAUGGCCUUCCUGAAACUGCUCUUAUCUAAACUGUAGUAGACUUUUGAGAGGUCUAAAGACUCAAGGUGAAAUGAUUUGAGAGAUGGGUAUUUAGUAUUUGUCAUUUUAUAUUUAAGAAACACCCAUAACGUGCUUGGUGCUCAACAUUAAAUAUGGUCUUUGGAGUUCUUCUCCACCAUCUAGCUAAAGACAUUUGUCAUAUAAAUAUAUCUUUAAAGCAGUUGACUUUAUAGAACUUUUGUUAAACAACCAACCAAAAGAAAAAAGGAAGGAAGGAAGGGAGGAAGAAAGGAAGGAAAAGAAAAGAAAAAGUAUUCCAUCAGUCUUUGGUAAGAGGAAUUUCAAACCAUACAUCUUCUGCCUGAACAUGUUGGUUAGAAUUGAAAUUUGUUUGUGAAAGUAUCUGGUGAUAUUGCAUUUGCCAGUAUCUCUACUUUCUGGUGUUAGUAAGUGUUUCCUUUUUCCACCCUCAGACCCUGCUAGUUCAGCCAGGGAGAGAGUUAGCUCAUGAAUUCUGUUGUUUGGGGCUGUCUAUAUCCUGUGUGACCAGCUUCUGACCGUUUUGAACUUCAGUUUCCUCUUUCUGCUUUGUCGAAUAUUUUCAUCAUUCACUAUGUCAGCCUGAAUCCCUAUCCAACAACUUUUACACCUCUAAAAACCUCUCUUUCUGUUGGAGAACUUAGUGUCAAUUGAUGAAAUAUUACUAUGUGUACUUUUGCUGUUCUUCCCCAUUUUCACCAAAGUGAAAGAGCCAGUCCACUGGAAGUCAGGGCCUGUGGGAUACAAGAGUCCUGGAUCACAAGGCAUUACUAACUUUAAUGAUUUGCUGGGAAACAAACAAAUCAGCCAUAUUUUCUCCAUCAGCCGUAGGAGAAACCUCAGAAAUACCUAAACCCCUUCUGCCUCACUUCAUUAUGGAACCAUUUUUGUUUAAAUGGUCUCUAAAAUUGGAGUUGUAAUCAUCAGUUGUCUUUUACUCACUACCUAAUAAAGGAUGAAGCCUAAACAUGGAACUUAUGGUGGAUUCUCUGUGAAUUGGUUCCCAACAUUCCAUGUAUUUAUUAACACCAGAUCCAUAUCUACCAUUGUUCACACUGCUAUAAAGCUCUAUCCUUUCCCUUAGGGAACUUCUUUUCAUGAAUACAGAUCAGUAAUUCCGAUUGAU